AUGAACGAUUUCUGGCGCGGUUUGGAGUACGGUCCAGCCAAUCCACGGCCCGCACCACUGUUGUUGAACCCGUGGGACAUGCCGACCACGUGCGGCUUCCCGAAUUGCAAAUUUCGAUCUCGUUAUCGUGGACAAGAAGAUAAUCGUCAUUUCUAUCGUAUACCAAAGCGACCACAAGUACUUCGCCAACGUUGGCUGCUGGCCAUUGGACGUACCGAGGAGACAGUCGUCAGUCAGCUACGAAUCUGCUCCGCACAUUUCGAAGGUGGUGAGAAGAAGGAAGGCGACAUUCCAGUCCCGGAUCCGACGGUCGACAAACAGCUGAACAUCGAGCUGCCACCGAAGGAAAGCAAAGGCGGCGAACGGAAACGAAAUAAAGGUAGUCCUCCAUUGUCGAGGUCGCUUGUCGUUCGUAAACGUCAGCUGCCUGAUUUCCUACGGAACCCUCUCGUUCCACUCAUCGUGCGACUCUACGAUACCCGAAGGCGUUGA